GGGGGAUGAUAAUAGCGCAUCUCCUCUCAGUGGCUUCCUGGGUCCUUCACCGUUGAUGGGAAGAACAGAAAGUGGCGGUGUCUGUGUGCAGAGCAAGAGGUAGAGUGAGGAAUUGAGGAAGAAAGCAAAUAGCAUCUGGAACCAAAUUAAAGGGCAAAGAGAAAAAGACUCCGUCAAUAUGAUGACGUGACGACCAUCCCCACUACGCCCAACAUCAUUGGGCCACCAUUCGAUCUUCCAAACUCGUCGGAGAAUAUCAUAAUUACCCUACACUUUCUUCUCAGUGAUGCUUAAGUGCUUCUUAAAGGAACAAGUUUCGAUUUUUCUCUCUUGUAAUCCCAUAUAAUUUUUCACAACCAGAAGGGGAAAAAAAAAAUUCUCUAGAUGGGCAUCUGUCGGAAUUGGACCCGUAUCUGCUGAUUUUCCUCUUUCGAUUUCUUCAAUUCGUAGUGGGUUCUCUCGGGAGAAUCGUAUCGGAAUAUUUUAUUAGUGGGUUCUUUCAGUUUCUGUUUUCCCCCCCUUUUUAUAGCUCUUUGAAGUAGUAAUAACGAUGGGAAAUGUGAAUGCGAGAGAAGAUGGGAAUGGAAGUCCCUCGGGGGCCGAAGAAGAAGGUGGAGGCAGUGGCAGUGUACAGGAGGCCAUUUCCGCAACGAAUAACGUGUCUUCUGAGUUGAUGGGUCAAUCGCCCCCCACAAGCCCUAGAGCUACCCAAUCUCCAUUGAUGUUCGCUCCGCAAGUUCCAGUGGUUCCACUUCAAAGACCUGAUGAAAUGCAAGCCCCGACUCAUUCUUGGAUGCAAGCUUCUCCAGCAUAUGAAGAUAUAUGCAAUGAACAAGGAAUUCCAACGAUGAUUACUUGGAGUUAUGAUGGGAAAGAAGUAGCUGUGGAGGGAUCAUGGGAUAAUUGGAAAACAAGAAUGCCCAUGCAAAGAUCCGGGAAAGACUUCACUAUAAUGAAGGUACUGGCAUCUGGUGUUUACCAGUACAGAUUCCUAGUUGAUGGACAGUGGAGGUAUGCUCCUGACCUGCCCUGGGCUCAAGAUGAUGCUGGCAAUGCCUACAACAUCUUAGACUUACAGGAUUAUGUUCCUGAAGACAUUGGAAGUAUUUCUGGUUUUGAACCUCCUCAGUCACCAGAAUCAAGUUAUAGCAACUUACAACUUGGUUCUGAAGACUAUGCAAAGGAGCCACCCUUGGUUCCCCCACACUUGCAAAUGACUUUGCUCAAUGUGCCUGCUACUAAUAUGGAAAUUCCACCUCCUUUGUCAAGACCUCAACAUGUGGUGCUCAACCAUCUUUACAUGCAGAAGGGAAAGACCAGCCCUUCGGUGGUUGCACUUGGUACGACUCAUCGGUUUUUGGCCAAAUAUGUCACUGUGGUGCUGUACAAGUCUUUGCAGAGGUAAACGUAGAUGGCAUGGACCAUUUAGUCCUCAAAAGCCUUUCGUUAGUUAAUGUGUCUGAGUAGGUAUAGUAAAGAGAUAAAUGCUGAAGCUCAGUCAUGAAGUCGAGAUUGUAGUACAUGUAACGGAACUGCUUGACGGCCAUUUAUCAAACAAUCUGGUUCCCGCAAGUAAAUUAUUUGAUGUUUCUCUUUAGGAAUUUUGUUUAAAUAGAAGGGGAAGUGAUAAUUUGCUAUUAUCACAUGUAGCUGAAAAUAACUUUGGUGAGUUAUGCUAUUUGAAAGCCCAUAUUCACUGCA